AAUCAUUUUGUACUUUUAAGGCAAUUAUGCCAAAAGUCGGGCCUUCGUAGAAAGCCCAUUACUGUAUGUUAAAUUAAGAAUGCAAAGGGAUACUUAUAUUUAUAGGGGUCAUAAGUUAGUAUCUUUCUGUUUUUUUUUCGAUGUGGGACUCAAAUUUUCAUUGGGCUUUAAGUGUUAUGGCGGUGGCCCAAACGUAAGCCCAAUGUAUUUCAUAAAUUCUUAAAAAGAUCGAACGGUUCAAAAUUAAAAGCGUUUAUUUUUUAUUUAUUUUUCGAGAAUUGUCUCCCUCCAAGAAAAAAGAGAGAGUCCUUGUUAUUUUCUAAACAACACAAUCAUGAUGCAUGAUCGUUUUUAGGACUUAAGUUUUGAUUUUUAUUUUUCUCUGGUGUAUGUCUCCGACGGCUGUUUUUUUCUGGUGGUUACCCUUCAGACGAAGAAUGGCAUGGUUACAUUAAUAACAAAGACAGAGUACUUCUCAAGGUAAUUCUGUUUUCUCUCUAAUGGCAAAAAGUUGGUAAUUUUAGGGCACAAUUUAAGGUUUAGAUUUGGAUUUGGUCAGGUUAUAAACUACUCAUCACCAACUUCUGCUGGAGCAGUGUGUAUUGAUCCAGACUGUACUUGGAUUGAGCAAUGGGUCCAUCGUGCUGGACCACGGGAAAAAAUAUAUACUUUAGACCCGAGGAAGUGAAGGUAGCGAUUGUUACUUGUAGUGGGCUUUGUCCUGGUCUCAAUGAUGUUAUUAGACAUGUGAGUUUGCUACAUUUUGUUUCAUGUAGAGAGGAGUAGCUCUCCCUUGUUGAUGAUAUAUCUUGUUUGUUGCAGAUUGUCAUCACUUUAGAGAUAUAUGGUGUGGAGAACGUCGUUGGGAUUUCUUUCGAUUAUCGUGGCUUCUCUGAUAAGAAUCUACCGGAGAUGCCGCUGUGAAGGAAAGUGGUGCAAAAUAUUCAUCUCUCUGGUGGAAGCUUGCUCGGUGUUUCACGUGGAGGACCGACUGUUAGUGAGAUUGUGGACAGUAUGGAGGAGAAAGGAAUCAACAUGCUUUUUGUGCUUGGUGGUAGCGGAACUCAUGCUGGUGCCAAUGCUAUAUACACAAUACAUUUGCCUGAUUCCUGAGAGUUUGCAUCUGGAAACAAAGUACUCAGUGAUAUCCGUGUGCACAUUCAACAAGAGGUUUGGUUUGUGAAUUGUGAAUUACUUCAGUCAAGAGGGGAUGAAACCAGAAAAAAUGACCACUCGAUAUUUUGUAUACAGACGAAGAAAUAUUUUAAAGAAAUCGGUAUCUCGGCAGAUGUGAAGUAUAUAGAUCCAAUAUACAUGAUCAAUAUUAAGUAUGUGUCUGAUCAAAUCUUUAUAUAA